AUGAAACGAAACCGACCCCAGCCCGAUGAUUUCCAUAUAGGAUGGAUUACUGCUCUGCCGAUUGAAUUCACCGCCGCUCGGAUGAUGCUGGAUGAGGAAUACGAGAGUGAGGACGAAACUUCGAACGAUUAUACCAUAGGGCGCAUAGGGCACCAUAAUAUUGUCUUGACGUGUUUGCCAGCAGGUCAGAUUGGAACAACAGCUGCUGCAACAGCUGCAGCUCAGAUUAGCUCCAAUUUUCCGUUAAAAUUCGGGCUCUUAGUUGGUAUUGGAGGUGGGGUUCCAACUGAAGAGACAGAUAUUCGACUUGGGGAUGUGGUUAUCAGUCAACCAAAUGGUGAAUAUGGAGGUGUCGUUCAACACGACCUUGGAAAGGCUACUGCCGGAGGGAAAUGGAAACGAACUGGAUAUCUCAAUGCACCUCCAGAAGCGCUACUCAAGGCAGUUAGCAAAAUGAGGUCAGAUAAAAUGAUGGGAAAAGCCUUAAUCCAUCAAUAUCUUCCAUCGCCAUCUCACUUCCCAAUGUUUGAUCGUGCCAAGGCUGGACGUGAUGUUCUUUUUCUCCCUAACUAUGAUCAUGUGAAUGGACCAACAUGCAAUGAAUGCCGCCAGGAUAUGAUUAUUGAUCGGAGUCUUCGUGGUACUGAUGAGGGUAUUGAGGCUCAUUACGGCACGAUAGCCUCUGGAAACCAGGUCAUCAAGGAUGCACAUACCAGGGAUAAGCUAAGUGCCGAACUUGGUGGUGUGUUAUGCUUCGAGAUGGAGGCAGCAGGCUUGAUGAAUAGCCUUCCAUCUCUUGUCAUUCGGGGGAUCUGCGACUAUGCUGAUUCUCACAAGAAUAAGACGUGGCAGCCAUUUGCAGCAGUCACGGCAGCAGCAUGUGCAAAACAAAUAUUGUCAAUUUUGCCACGAUCUUCAGUUUUGAAAUCCCCGCUGGCUCAGGGGCAAUUAGCCGAGCAGAUCUCAUUCAGAGAUUUAGUUGUCCUGAACGAUGCUUUGGGGAAUAAACACGUUUUCUCCUUGCGGUUCGUUCCAUCUACAGAGGUUGAAAUUUCUUGGUGGCCUUUGCUGAUACUCGCAUGCUGA